CAGGUCUGGGAAUGCAAGCCUAGGAUGGGAAUGUGCUACCUUCACCCUCUGUUCCUUGUGACAACCUCACGAUGUGGGCCACUUUGCCACAGGGCCCUAGCAGUUGGUUCCUAGCAGGUUGCUAGAUCUCCAUCUUGUCCCAGAUUAGUGGGAUUCCCUAGAAAAGGCCUCAGAUGAUACAGGCUCCAUGGCCCAGAGCCCACCAACUCUUAACUCUGCCUGUCUCUGUCCUCACUUGAAUGCAGCCCUGUUCAGACCCAUUUCCAGCUAUUCUACACAGAGAGAUAACAGAACAAUGGGCUCCCAUUGGUGGCACUGGUUCCCGAGCCCUGCCCACAGCACAGGCCCUGAACCUAAGAGAGCCCCAACAGGGUAUAGGGGUAAGGCUUCAGACAUUGGGGACACAUCAAGAUUUUCAGGGGAGGGUGUUCCAGAAGACGGUUUGAAGCUCAGUUAUGCUGGGGGGGGGAGGGGCAUUCCGCUUGUGCACAGACAAGCACACACAUCCAUUCCCCCAGCCUCCCACCUCCAGAUCCUCUCAGGAAGUCCAGUGUAAGCUCAGCUCACAGUGAACUUGAAUUCCAGCUCUGCCACACCCUCCAAGUCAGGGACUCCUGACUAAGUUGUGAGGACCGAGCACAGGAGAGGUACCCUCAUCUCGGAUUCCAGUGCACAUCUCAGCAUCUGCUCACUGCCCAUCUCAGAGAGGAAACUGAGGCAGCCGCAGCACCAUCUUCUCUUAGGCCCUGAGUAGGGCCUGGCCACAUCCUUCUCACCCUACAUUGGGAUCUGGGGUCUGGAAGUCCAGCAGGAACGAUGGCUGAGGCCAGUGUCUCCUCAUGUUCCUCAGCAGAAGAAAAAAUGGCAGCCAAACAGCCUCCUCCGCUCAUGAAGAAGCACAGCCAGACAGAUCUUGUGAGCCGCCUGAAGACCAGAAAGAUCCUGGGCGUGGGCGGGGAGGAUGAUGAUGGUGAAGUACACCGGUCAAAGAUCAGCCAGGUUUUGGGCAACGAGAUAAAGUUUGCUGUGCGGGAGCCUCUGGGGCUCAGGGUCUGGCAGUUUCUCUCUGCUAUGCUGUUCUCCAGUGUGGCCAUCAUGGCCCUUGCCCUCCCUGACCAGCUCUAUGAUGCAGUUUUUGAUGGGGCCGAGGUCACGAGCAAGACCCCCAUCCGCCUCUACGGUGGCGCCCUCCUUAGCAUCUCUCUGAUCAUGUGGAACGCACUCUACACAGCUGAGAAGGUCAUCAUCCGCUGGACUCUGCUCACAGAGGCCUGCUACUUCGGGGUACAGUCCUUGGUGGUCACUGGCACGCUUGCUGAGACCGGCCUCAUGUCCCUGGGGACCCUGCUGCUCCUGGCCAGCCGCCUCCUCUUUGUUAUUGUCAGCAUCUACUACUAUUACCAAGUCGGCCGGAAACCCAAGAAAGUGUAGCGGGCUGGGACCUGCCUGGGCCUGGACCUGGGCCAGAGCGGCUGGGGACUUCACUGUCCCUGGGUCCCAGGCAGGCCUGCAGGCAGGCAGGGUGCACGCACCUUCCUUCCCUCCCGGGCACUCCAUGGAGUCAGCUUGGAUCUCCUGGGAUUCUAGGAGUGACAAACCAGACUGUGGCCUCGGCACCCCACCCCUCACCCCGUACAGGGACAACUCCUUGCCCUGUCUUUCUCGGCCUCUAGACUCAAACAGGCACAGUCUAGAGUAGAGUUUUGGGGUCUGGGCUGAGUCAAGGUUAGUUUCUCUGCCAGGAAGCCCUUUCUAGGAGGUUGUAUCAGGCCCAGCAGCAGCUCUCAGCUUCUCCCCACCCAAAAACCCAGUGUGUGAGUCCAUCACACACACACACACACACACACACACACACACACACACACACACACGCGUGUUUCUAGAGACCCAAUUGAGGUCAUCUAGCAAGGGGAGUGACUACUUCCCUUAGGCCAAGUUCCCCACCCCCAGCCUGCACAUCUGACUCUCCCUUUGGCCUGCUGUAGGGUGUUCUGAUUCUCUGGCUGGCUGGCUGCAUCCCAGAGCCCAGUAGUCCCUUCUCAACAGGCCAGGGCUAGACAAUAUACCACAGGCCUGACAGUCCCUGGCACCUGGCUGUCCAUAGACUCCUAGUGCAUGAGGAAUUAUGAGGAGAAGCAAAGUGGGGACAUUUCCUUGGCAUGGCCUCCACGGCCUGCAUGGCUACACCUGGCUCAGUGCCUCCUUCAGAUCCCCUCCUGAGGCUGCCCCAAGGCCUACGGGUUAAAGCCAACAGCCCCUCACACUCAACAACAGAACGAGACAGAAAUGAGUCUACCAUCCCUUAGCAGCCUCUAGUGGGCCCCUAGAGCUGACGACACACCCCUGUGCCACCAGCCUGUGUGGCUCCUCCCCUUGGUCCUAGCUCCCAGCACCUUCCUAUCCUUCAGCAGCAAAGCACACUAAGAGAUUUGGCCUGAGGCCUCUCCCUUCUGCAGGACGGUGGUCCCCUAUGCUCGAGGAAUCUUUCUCUAGCACACCUGGGCUCAGAGCCUCCCUGGGCUCAGUUGUUCCUACUGCCAAAUGCCCCAUGACAAUGACCUAUGCCUAGUGGAGGGGACUCAGGGAAGUUUCAGUGAAAGACAUGCUCAGCAGUGGCCCAGGCUGCUUCUGUAACCAAGGUCUGGCAGGGUGGUGAGUCCCUGCGUGUUCAGAGAGGGCCCGUUGUGUAUAUCUGCCUCUUGUCACUGACUCUGUGCCAGUCCCUCAGUCCCACCACUGAUUCGGAGCACAGGCUCAGUCACUGCCAGCUCUUAGUAUAGUCCCAGCUGCCGUAGACCAGGUGACAUUUGUUGACUGUUCUCAGAGGUGGUGAGGAUUUAUUCUCUUGAAUCCUCUAGGAAUGCAGAUACAGUCCCAAGGGUGGCAGUAGGGACGGAAGAUGCCAGCCAUGUGCAGCCUGAGUAAACAUCUGCCAGGCUUCCCUUAGCACCAGGAGGAGGCAGGGCCUGCCCUGGGGGUGGAGCCAGGUCACCCUGGUUAAACUGCAGUGAUACAUUUAGAUGGGGUGGAGUCAAGGCCAAGGCUGGCAUACAGACACCUGCGGCCUCUGGGAGACACCUGCUUGGAAGGAGGCAGCAAUGGACAUAGGGCCCCACCCUGAAUCUGAGCUCAGGGUGCCCUGACUGCCCCUUCCCCACCCAGCUCCUAUCAUGCUUCUGCCUGGCCCCCAAGACUGCCUCUGUCAUGGUCACUAUUUAUUCCUUGGUCUUUUUUCUUUUUUGUAAGAAACAGUCACAUGAAAAAGAAAAAAACCCAGUGAGAAACGA